CAAACGGAACUAUUAUUCCCUCUACUCUGACCGACGUCAACCUUGACGAUGCGCGCUCCUUACUCCCUGACCUUGAGGCUGCCCAACUGGGAAUCCUCGAAGCGCGCACCGCAUAUAGGGAACGCACCGCAGACCCCGAGGUGGAUGAUGCGCUCGGGUGGGCUCCUGUCGGCUCCAAUGGGAGGAGCAGAGACCCCGCAGGUGCGAAGGACGAUGUCGAAGCCAUGCUGUCGUUCUUUCGCCAAGUUAAGUAUCAGUAUUUGCAGAAGUUCGCGAAGGACAAAUACGUCGGUAUCAUACUGUCCGAUGAUGCCCCCUCGAUCACGCCCGAGGACAACGACGCACUGCAAGCCGAGAACGAGCAGAGGAAGGAGGAGCUGCGGGCCAAAAAGCGGGCUCUGGAUGAAAUACGGGAAAAACUGCGCCAAGAAGCCACGACCGUAGCGAGAACCUACGAGCGUGCUCAGAAGGAGUCGCGGGAGGCGAUGGAACUAUCGCAGAAGAUAUUGGACGCGCGACUGGCGCUCACGCGGCUGAAGCAGACGCAUCCCCCACCGCGAUUCACUAUUGAGAAAGCCCAAGAUGUCCUGGAACAACAGGACGUCGAGAUGCAACGCCUGGAUGAACAAACAGCUUCAUUGGACAAGGCCGUGAGAGAGCUCAAGGGGCACGUCAGCGAAGAAGUCAAAGCGCUAGAGCGGGUCCGCGUCGAACGCGCAGAGAAGGAGCGGGAAGUUCGUAGCGCGCUCGGCGCCGACGCGAACGGCGUGGACGAGCGCGUCAUGGACCUCUUUGAAUGGUAUACGGCCGACCUGGACCUUCAUCGCUCCUUGCUGUCUCUCGAAUUCCUUGAGCAUAUCUCCGACGACGAGCUGCAGCUCAUCUACAACAUCGCGCACCCUGCUCGUCCCACUGUUCGCCGACGCGUGACGAUCACACUCAUCUAUUCCCCGCUCCUUGGAGGCAAAGUCGGAAGGAGGAGGAUAGAAGACGCUCAGGUCGAGGUCGACGGACAAACCGAGCCUGCUCUGGACGGGGUGCUAGAUGAACACCUGAGGGCAAACGACGUCAGGGGCUUGGUUAACGGCAUACUGGCCCGGAUCAGGGGUGAGAUGUCUAUGUGAGAGAGAUAUCCGCAACACGGGGACGCCACGUCAUUCGCGCAACCGCGGCCUGAGCGCCGUCCUAGGCAAAACUGAGCUGGGUGUCUCAAUAAUCUGGAUGCUUCACCUUCUACGUCAAGGGAGUGGACUGUCAGUGAAUACCUGCAGCAUGGCUACUGCACUACAGGACUAGCGAAUUUCAUCGUGUUAUCGGCCUUCAAGUUCGAUACUGCAAGCAAACCUCAGCGCUGGUCCGAUACAUUGCAACGCCCGGCGACAGGAUGCCUCACCCGCUCGCGAAUCCGUCGGCCUGUUGCCGCACUGGUACCUGUAUAUGGAUAUCAAAUUGCCUUUUGUGGCUUCCCGCCUGAUUUCACGUCAACUUAUCCGACGCGUUCCCGCGAGGCCGGCGCGGAGUCACGUCGCCUUCACCCCUUCGCUGCCCUACUUCUUAGGAUGUCUAUGAUAAUCUGUUGGUACUUGAUGCCCAGGAUUUGAUAUACACAAUAUAUUCGCACUAGGUCAAGAACAUGCUUGAGGCUUGAUAUGGGCCACACUUCAUCCCAGUCAAGCGAAUGGCUCCCCCUAUCGAGGUCGGCGGUCGACGCAAUCACUCUGGUUGUCUGCUCGGACACGGACACGGAGACAGCUGCUCACGCCCGGCAUCUCAAAGCCAACCACGAUCGGGCGUGGACCAACCAUCUUUGACGGCGAGCCGCAACAUAAAAGGAGCCGUUGGCUGACUGGAUGCUCUCCACCCCCGCCUUUGCGAAUCCUCUCUUGCGAUAACACACAACCGCUCCCCUCGUCGCCCUCCACUUACAUUCAUUGACAAUCAUGUUCGCAUCCAAGUUCGCCGUUGUUCUCGCCAUGACCGCUGCGGCUGUCGCGACUCCACUCAACACCCGCCAGGGCCAGUGUAACACCGGCAACCUCCACUGCUGCAAUCAGGUUCAGAAGGCUAGCCAACCCUCGACCGCCGGACUGCUGAGCCUUCUCGACAUUGUCGUGCAAGGCCUUGACGUUCCGGUCGGUGUUGGCUGCACGCCGAUCAACGUGAUUGGCGCCGGCUCCGGUGCUACCUGCCAACAGCAGCCCGUCUGCUGCGACAACAACCACUUUGGCGGCCUCGUCGCGGUCGGUUGCUCCCCUAGCCGUAUAUGGGCGCUAACACGGAGUGAACGGUCUCAGUCUGAACCUCCUCCGACCUCCCGCAACCCACCUCAAGCCAUGAACCACUCGGCGACCAACGACGGCGAUGCCCACACCAAAGCGACCACGACCGCCGCCGGCGCGGAUACCCACGGAAACCUGAACCAGAAGCCAGCCGGCCAGAACGGCUUCUUCACCGUCGGCGUGACCGACGAGAAGGGCAAGCGCCGGACCAUGGAGGACGCGCAUUCGUUCGUCUUCGACUUCGCCGGCGUGCGCGGACAGGGUUUCUUCGCCGUCUUCGACGGACACGCCGGCAAGGACGCGGCGGAGUGGUGCGGAUUCCACUUCCACGAGUAUUUUCUGCAAGCACUCGAUCGCAUGCGAAACUCGUCCAUACCUGACACCCUCAAUCAGACGUUCCACGACGUUGACGCCCAUCUGUCGAGGCGAUCCGAGGAAUCGGACGGCAAGCUACACUCCGGCUGCACCGCCGUCACCGCGUUCCUGCGCCUCGAGGACUCCAGCGGCAAGCAGUCCUUCCUCGGACCCAACCCGGAUCUAACGAAGGUGCACGAUCCGCCCUCGGACGCCCAACUACGCAGGGUGUUGUAUUGCGCGAACGCGGGGGACGCGCGCGGCGUGCUCUGCCGCGCGGGAAAAGCGGUGAGGCUCACCUACGAUCACAAGGGAUCGGACAAGCAGGAGGCGAAGCGCAUAACGGACGCGGGCGGAUUCAUGAUGAGCGGCCGCGUCAACGGCGUCUUGGCCGUCACUCGCAGUCUCGGCGAUUCCGCGAUGAAGGAGUUUGUCGUCGGCGCGCCUUAUACCACGGAGACUGAGCUCUCUGAUGACGACGAGUUCCUUAUUCUCGCUUGCGACGGGCUGUGGGACAUCACGGGUGACCAAGGCGCUGUCAACAAGGCAAGGGCGAUAGCCAACCCCGAAGAAGCAAGCCGUGCUCUGGUGGACUGGGCGCUGAGCAAGGGCACGCAGGACAAUGUUACCGUGCUCGUCAUUCGCUUCAAGGACAGUCCUAUCGAUGCCAACUCGCUAGCUAGUACCCAGUCCGUAUAACAAGUUUUCGAUGUAACGCAUACUUUCUUCUCUAGCAUUUCCUUUCGCAUCCAUGCGCAACACGUUUCCGUAGGAGCGUCCAUCAUCAUAUUGUAUGAGUACGUGGCAAAUAAUUCAUGAUGUAGCACUAUGUACACUGUCCGUGU